AUGCCACCCUCAGACCCACCAUGCCACCCUCAGACCCACCAUACCACCCUCAGACCCACCAUACCACCCUCAGACCCACCAUACCACCCUCAGACCCACCAUACCUCCCUCAGACCCACCAUGCCACCCUCAGACCCACCAUACCACCCUCAGACCCACCAUGCCACCCUCAGACCCACCAUGCCACUCUCAGACCCACCAUACCACCCCCAGACCCACCAUGCCACCCUCAGAUCCACCAUGCCACCCUCAGACCCACCAUACCACCCUCAGACCCACCAUGCCACCCUCAGACCCACCAUGCCACCCUCAGACCCACCAUACCACCCUCAGACCCACCAUGCCACCCUCAGACCCACCAUGCCACCCUCAGACCCACCAUGCCACCCUCAGACCCACCAUGCCACCCUCAGACCCACCAUGCCACCCUCAGACCCACCAUGCCACCCUCAGACCCACCAUACCACCCUCAGACCCACCAUGCCACCCUCAGACCCACCAUGCCACCCUCAGACCCACCAUGCCACCCCUCAGACCCACCAUACCACCCUCAGACCCACCAUGCCACCCUCAGACCCACCAUGCCACCCUCAGACCCACCAUACCACCCUCAGACCCACCAUACCACCCUCAGACCCACCAUGCCACCCUCAGACCCACCAUGACACCCUCAGACCCCCCAUGCCACCCUCAGGCCCACCAUACCACCCUCAGACCCACCAUGCCACCCUCAGACCCACCAUGCCACCCUCAGACCCACCAUACCACCCUCAGACCCACCAUACCACCCUCAGACCCACCAUGCCUCCCUCAGACCCACCAUGA